AUGGCGGCAGAUUCCCAUCUGGGAGGCGCGGGCCUGCCUGCUGUGAGCCAGGCCCCCCAGAUCCUGGCAGCCACCUCCAUCACCACCGUCGUCGCAUUGCUCGUGGUCCUCGCCCGCAUGUAUGUCCGCAUCUUUGUCAUUCGGAAUGCCGGCCUGGAUGAUUAUAUGAUGGCACUGACUAUGAUGCUGUCCCUUGCCGGAUGGGCGGUGGUCAUCCCGGAAGUCAUCUACGGUGCAGGAAGACACACCGUUUAUGUUGAAAAUACGGCCUCGAUAGCGAUGCACCUGAAUUUCGCCACCCAGGCUAUCUAUAUGUGGGUGAUUGGCCUCGUCAAGGUCUCCAUCGGACUGUUCCUGUUGCGAUUCGCCCCACGUCGAAGUUACAAAAUCUUUAUCUGGGUAGUGAUGGUCGUCAUGGCCCUUUACACCAUCAUAUGUUUUUUCACCCUCGUUUUUGAGUGUAAGGAUAUACGGUCCAUCUGGGAUGAGAACGUAAAAUCCAAGUGCUUCACGACCACACAACUUUUGAAGUUGAGCUACACAAAUACCGGACUCAAUAUCUUGACCGACCUCAUUUUUGCCAUUCUACCGGCCAUCAUGCUACGACAUCUACAAGUCAAUCGACGUAUCAAAGCCUCCUUAAUCUGCAUCUUGGGACUGGGCAUCUUUGCUUGCGCCGCGGCAAUUGUGAAGCUUUCCGUUCUGCCCAAUUACGGCCGCACAGGAGAUCUUCUAUGGGAUUAUUCCACCCUCACGAUUUGGGUCGUUGUCGAGUCGAACAUGGGCAUCAUCGCGGGCAGCCUACCCACCCUGAAACCACUCUUCAAGCAAGUGCUGGGUAGCUAUGGGAGCCAAACGAAGACGCGUCCGUAUACGUACGGCAGCAAGCCGUAUCGUCUACACUCUCUAUCGCGGUCCCGUCAGGACCCACCGCAGUCCCUUCGCCCUGGGACUCUCAGCGGGAUCGACCCGGUCCCGACGAAAUCCACGGCUCAAGGUCCUUAUAGCGAUCGCAGCAACUCGAGCGAAGAACACAUCCUGUCGCGGCAAGAAUCCCGAGGGAUCAUUCUGACGACCGAGGUGGUCGUAUCGCACUCCUCGGCGGCCUCGAUCGCGCGGGGACAAGGGAAACGCGAUGCUGUGGUGUAG